CACUACAUCCCUCGUAGAGGAACGGACUUGCGCAGUGUGGAAAUAGUUCUCGAUUGAUGUCCAGUAUUAUUCGUAGUGGAUGAGCAGUAUUAGUGAAGCUAUGGUAGAGAACGGGGCCUCUAGCGGGGGCAGCGAUAGCCCCAGCGCGACCAGCGUGCGGUCCGGGCUUCUGGAGACGCUGGUCCGCGGUGUUUGGUACAGAGUGCACUGUUCACUCGAAGACGAUUACUUCAGUGUUUGUUUAGACGACGGGUACGAUGCCACUACCACCCUAAACGGUACACUAAACAACAACAAUGUGGAAACGCCGAAUAGCGAUUUCACUGAAGUACCAGAAGCGAUUGCAAACCAAAAACGAAUAGUACAAGUGGUAAAAUCAGACAAUAAUGGGCUAGGGAUAUCAAUAAAGGGAGGUAUUGAGAAUAACAUGCCAAUUCUCAUAUCAAAAAUAUUCAAGGGCAUGGCAGCAGACUUGACGGAACAGUUGUAUGUGGGUGAUGCUAUUUUGUCUGUGAAUGGAGAGGAUCUGAAGGAUGCAACUCACGAGGAGGCAGUGAAAGCUUUGAAGAGGGCUGGCAAAAUGGUGCAGCUAGAAGUCAAAUACCUCCGAGAAGUAACCCCAUACUUCCGCAAAGCGUCAAUCAUCAGUGAGGUAGGCUGGGAGUUGCAGCGUGGCUACAUGUCAGAGACUCCACCCUCGCCGCCUUCGCCCCGACGCCGCCGCGCCGAUACCCGCUACGUGCCGUUAUUGAUGGCUUGUGUUGCCAAAAAUUUGCGGCAUCAUGAUCCUGAGGAGCGCACAAUAGAAAUUUAUUCUCCGGAUGGCGUCCACGCAUUAGCCCUUCGCGCGUCAGACGCGAACGCAGCUUCAAACUGGCACCGCGCGCUGCAUGCAGCUGCUCGCCGCGCCGCACGCGCUGCAUUGGUCCGCGCAAGGGCGAGGCUGCGCCCGAUCAUUGGCGACGUGAGAUACGCUGGCUGGUUGGCAAGACGCCCGCCCCAAGAGCACGUCGGGAUAAGUGCAUCGGGCGGGUCAGAUAGUUCUGAAGAAGCGGACGGCUGGCAACCGACCUUCGUUGCUAUUACAGACCGCGAAUUGAGGCUGUACGAGGCGGCGCCGUGGUCAGCGGAGGCGUGGUGCACGCCGACGGAGGCUUUCGGCCUGGCCGCCACGCGCCUGGCGUGGUGGCGGCGCGGGGGAGGGGCGGCCGGCGGAGGGGGCGCGGCCGUGCUGGGCGUACGCGCAGGGACGCCGGCCGGCCUGCUGGUGCGGGCGCUGCGCGCUGACGCGCCGCACGACCUGGCCGCCGUAGCCGGUGCGCUCGUUGACGGCGCGCACCAUGCUGUACGCUCGCAGGAGUUCACUUUCCGCUGUCGCUUUCGAGGGUCGUGCGCGCGACUGUCCCUGGGGCUGGGCGGGCUGUGCGUGUGGGAGGCGUCGGGCUCGCUGGGCCGCGGCGGCGCACGCGCACUCUUCCGCCGCGCGCUGCACGCGCUGCGCGCCUCCGCGGACGACGACCGGAACAACCUCUGGCUGCACUUCGCCGACGACGAGACUAUCGAACUCGAUAUGGAGGGCAGUCCAAAACCAGCGGUAUUCAUUCUCCACAAUCUACUUUCGGCUCGAGUGCACUCUCUACCAGGGGAAGCCGGACCCAACCCCCUAUAACCCGAAAACCUCGCGAACCCCUUAGAAGGGGCGAAUCGCUUACCCAACGGGCAUUUGUAGAAGGUUAUACCAGGACAUUAUAAUCGUGCAUUUAUAAAGGUGUAACAAAAAGUGUAUUUUUCAGCUGCUGACCGUACUCAUGAAAACAAAAACAAAAUCAGUAGAUAUGUGGUCGAAAGAAACUUUUCGUAAUAAAAAUGUUUUGUCAGAUUUUUGUUGUCACAAGUACGACCGGCAGCUGAAAUAGGGUUGUACCUCUUUUGUUACACUGUAUAUACAGCGAUACAUAAGUGUUGUAGUGUUUUACAAGGUUCGUCUUGGACGAAUCAGUGUUAUUCGUAUAUUUAUUCAAAAUUCGAUCGUGAUAACUCCUAAGUUUGCAAUUUAUGUAUAAUUGUAAGAAUCUUUUCUAAAGUAAGGAUUGGAAUAGAUGAUGUCACCACAUACAAAAGGGCAGCUUAUAAGGCGCCGCGCAAACGUGUGUCUUGAGUUGGAUACAAGCAACCGGCAACUAGAAGCAAAUAUUCUAUUUUCAUACAAUUGAUAUGAAAUGAAGUCGACACAGUCGCCGGUUGCGGUAGUCGAACACUGUUGCCGCAACCGCAAUUUGUAAGAAAAUGGAAAAUUAGCUUCUGGACGCCGGUUCCUUGUAUCUAACACAAGACGCACGUUAGCGCGGCGCCUGAACUACAUAACAUAUUGCCAUUAUAUUAAUUGUGUUUGGAAUUGAACUGUCUAUUGAUUUUUAUUGCCAUGAAGUUUUACUACAGUGUUAUUAAUUUAUUUUUUGUGAAAUUACUCCACUACUGUAUUAUAAUUAUUAAUACAAAGAUCGAAGACGAAGAAAAAUUUCUUCGACAGGUCUCAAAGCAGGACUAAACGA